UGUGCGGGGACGCUGAACGGGCUGAGCGUGACGGGGGACGCUCAGCGCCAGUACCAGACGCUGCACAAGAUGUACAACAACUGCGAGAUCGUCAUGGGCAACCUGGAGAUCGUCCUCAUCGACCACACGCAGGACCUGUCCUUCCUCCAGAACCUGCGCGUCAUCCGCGGGACGCAGUUCUACGAGGAGAAGUUUGCCCUCUUCGUGCUGCUCAACUACAACCCCAACACUACCCACGCCCUGCGCCAGCUCGGCCUCAACCAGCUCACAG